AUGUCGGAAACGCAAGCACUUUUAGUUAAUUCUGGUUCUUUUGAUGGCUUUUCAACUAUUGUUGAAGAGGAUCCAUCACUUUUACCAAGCGGUAAAGAAUCACAAACUACAGUUUUAGAAGAGAUGAAAGUAAUUCUUAGAACAUCCGUACCAUUAUCAGUUACUUUUUUCUUGCAGUACUCAAUGUCCGUUGUUUCUAUUUUCACAGUUAGCAGAAUUGGUAAAAGAGAACUCGCUGCAGUCUCAUUAGCCACCAUGACUUUUAAUAUCACAAGUUCAAUCUUUACAGGUAUGGCUACCUGUUUGGAGACUUUCUGUUCUCAAGCCUAUGGUGCCAAGAAAUAUAAUUUAGUCGGUAUCUAUUUUCAAAGAUGUUUUCUGGUGAUUUCAAUUUUCAGCAUCCCAUUAAUUUUGUUAUGGUGGUUUUCAAGCUCUUUGUUGAGAUAUAUUGUAACUGAUUAUGAAUUGGCAGUGCUUGCAGAAUCGUAUUUGAGAGUAACUACUUUCUGCAUUCCUGCAUACAUAUUUUUUGAAACGUCAAAGCGAUAUUUACAAGCUCAAAACAUUUUUGUUGCUGGCCAGUACGUGUUAUUCAUCGUGGCACCAAUAAACAUUUUACUGAAUUAUGAAUUAGUCUGGAAUAAAUAUUUUGGUAUUGGCUUUUUAGGUGCACCAUUGGCAACAUCUUUGAGCUAUUGGUUAGCAGCAGGGAUGAUGUUUGUUUACAUGUUUUUCAUAGAUGGUCAUCAAUGUUGGUUUGGUAUUGAUCAUGAAAACCUUUUCAAGGAAUGGGAAAGGAUUUUACCGAUGGCAUUAAAUGGCACGGCUAUGUUGCUAUCCGAAUUUGUUGCUUUUGAAAUUCUAACACUAUCAAGCGCCAGGUUUGGUACAUCAACAUUAGCGGCGCAAUCAAUCGCUUCUACUUUGGCGACAUUAUGCUUUCAAAUACCUUUUGCUGUUUCUGUUGCUUGCGCAACUAGAAUCGCCAUUCUUUUAGGAGCAGGGAGAAGCAAAGACGCCAUCAUUUCAACAAAAACGUCUUACUAUUUAAGUUUGGCGAUUAGCUUAACCAAUUUUUCCCUUUUGUUUUUUGCAAAAUUUAAAGUAAUCGUAUUUUUCACAAGUGAUGCAAAAGUGAUCAAAAUAGCAGAUACUAUUUUAUUCAUCCUUUCAUUAAAUCAAUUAUGGGAUUGUCCAAAUAUUGUUGGUGCAGGUAUUUUACGUGCACAAGGUCGACAAUCCGUCGGCAGUAAAUUAAACAUUAUUGCUUAUUACAUAUUUGCGUUACCGUUAGCUUUAUAUCUUGGGUUUACCUGUGGCAUGAAUGUCAAAGGUUUGUGGAUUGGUUUGGGUAUUGGGAUAUUCUUCCUAGCAUGCUCCGAACUUUUUAUGGUUUUGAUUACUGAUUGGGUAAUGGUUGUUGAUUCUGCAAUAAGUAGGACUUGA